AUGAAGCUUCAAGACCAGGAGCCGCUGCAGGGACGCACGCGCAGCAGCAGCACCAGCAGCAACAGCACGAUGCAGCAACUGCUUUUUGACCCCUUUUGCCCCCACCCCCUUAUUAUUCUUACAGGAGCAGGGCUCGGCAGCAAAAGCGGAAUCCCCUUGUACCGGAAGCAGCAGCAGCAGCGGCAACGAAAGCAGCGUUUUCCCAAGGGGACGCAGCAAACAGGACCUUAUUCUAAGCGAGGGCAGCAGCAGCAGCAGCAGCAGCGCGUGUCAUCUUCAGGCGUAUGGGGAGCCUUUAGCUCGGAUCAGGCAACAGUAGCUAAAGCUUUGGAGUCCCCUGCUGACUGGAUGACGCGCUUUUGGUUUGCAGCACACCCUCCUGGACUGUACGCUCAGUCCUUCCCGUCGCUGUCGCAUUUUGUGUUGGCGCUGCUGCUGCUGCAGCAGCCAAAGCGGUUGCUGCUGCUGACACAGAACGUAGACAACUUGGAGCGUUAUGCGCUGCUGCUACUGCUGUCUCUUUUUGCUGCACCCGAGUCUGCCCUUCGCCCUUUUUCGCCGCAGCAGAACCACCUCAGCGGAGAACAGCAGCAACAAAGUUUUGAACGGAAGGGCCCCAAAGAGCAGCAGCAGCAGCAGCAGCAGCAGUGCUGUCUCGUUACUAUGGAGAAUAAGCUUCUUGCUGCGGUACGAGCCGCUGCAGCACCUGGUGCCUUUGUUGACCCAAACACUGCUGAAGCAGCAACAGUAGCAGCUGCAGCAGCAUCAACUGGGUCCAUGACCGCUGCUGCUGCUGCGGCUGCGUUUCCACUGAAUUAUUCUUUAUUUCAUCUGCCUUCGUUCCUUCCGCUCGUUGAACUGCACGGGAACGUGUUUUUCUUUAGAUGCAUUGGCCAUAUGCAGCAGCAGCAGCAGCAGCAGCAGCAAAAGCCUGCUGCAUGCCCUUUUCAGUUCGACGCAGCAUUGCACCACACUCAAGUCCUGUGGGUUUCCAUAAGUGAAAAAGACGGCAAGGUUGUUCAAGCAGCUACUCCGUUUACCUCAGGAGCCGCAGCAGGAGCAGCAGCGGUGGAAGCAGCAGCAGCUGCAUCGGGUGCAGCAAAAGGGUGGCGUCUACAGCCAGCGUGUCCUGCAUGCGGGAGCUGCUGUCUGCCUCUGUGUCUCCUUUUUGAUGAGUGCCUUUUUUCUCCCCACGCGGCAUUUGCUGCUGAAGGUUUCAACAGAGCAUUGCUGCUUGCUGCUUCCGCUGCUGCUGUUACGGGCAAGUGCGGCGCUGCAUCUGCCACAGCAGCUGAAGCAGCUGCAGCUCAAGGAUUGUUUGACCCUAGCUUUUUGCUGUUGCAGCCAGACCAGCAGCAGGCGCUUGCACCCCGGCUAGCUGAGCUACAGUGGCCGUCAGUGCAUGGCGUCUUGCAGCAGCGGGCUGCUGCUGCUGUUGCUGCUGCUGCUAGCGGUGAACACGAUCCGCCGUCUGCAGCAGGGACCUCCCCAAAAGACUCUGUUGCACUCGUCAAGAAACAGCAGCUCGUGACACAUUGUAGCACCUGCCAUUGCUGCUCCGGCGACUGCACUAGCACAAGCAGCAAGUGCUGCGCUGCUGCUGCAGUCCACCUCACAUGCAGGGGUGGCGCUAGGUGUACAUGCAGUAUCUGUUGCUCUCCCGGCUACUGGCUGCUGCCCCGUUGCGGUGCAAGCAAGGCAGCAGCAGAAACUGCUGUUGCUGUUGCUGAGGCCGCAGCUGCUACGGACCACAAUUCCGGAGAGGCUGGCCGCUCGGCUGCUUCCAGCUGUCCAACCAGCAGCAGUGGCAGUAGAAGCAGCAGAAAGGAGUGGGUGCCAGGUGCACCCCCUGUUGCUUUGCUGCUGGGAACUUCCUUAACCACGGCCAGCAGUGACUGGCUGCUGCUGCUGCUGCAGCAGUUCGGAGGAGAGGCGUUGGCCGUCAACAAUGGUGACGGGCCUCUAGAUGUGUGCUUCGAUUUUAAUGUGGCGCAGCAGCAAGUCCUCAUUGACACGGGCAAGGCCGUUGUAAAGGCCGCUUUAUUGCUGCAGCAAGAGCAGCAAUUAGGUGACCAGGAGCAGCAACAUCAGCAGGGCCUGUGUAAGAAGGAGCAGCAGCAAGAGCUGCAGGCAGCGCAACACUGUGGCCCCAGCACAGGUACCAGCAGCAGCGGCUGCUGCAGCAGCGCCAGUGCAGAGCAGAAGCAGCAGCCCCAACCAGAAGCAAGAGCCGCAGCGACAGCGCCCGCAGUAGCGGCAGCAGCAGCAGAAUUGCGUCAGUGUCUGUCCCUGGCAGGACCCCAGUUUGAAUAUGCAGGGGCAGCAGCAGCGGGUGGCGUUGCUGUUACCUGCCGCAGCCGCCGCGUGCGGCGCCUGAGAGAAGACUUAGGGGAUUUUCUGGAACGGCUGUGUCCGUCCGACACAUUUGGUUGGCUGCAGCGCCACCACCAGAGGCUGAGAGACGCGCACAAAGAUGCCCUUGCAGCUGCCUGGAAGGCAGCAGCAACCAGUGACGCAGCAGCGGCGGCCCUUGCAUCCUCUGCCGUUGCAGCUGCAACGACCCUGCAGAAAUCUACCGAAAUCAGCAGCUAG